AGAGGAACAUGCCGAGGAUCACUAUUUCGCAAAGCCACGGUUUAGGAAAGAAUGGAGACGGCUUUGGACUAAUGUUAGUCACAGGGUCUCUCUGCCCUUUGUUUUCCUUUGAUCUUUCUACCCAUUCGCACUGGGGACAACUUGUAGACUAUAAUGGACGCAGACAUACCCACUGGAGUUGGCGGUGGAGCAAAUCAGAACCAUGUGGCCAGUGGUACUGGUCGAAAUCCGAACGGGCCGACCGUGUCUGCUACAGCGAGCGCAGCCGGGGCGAUGCCUGCAUGCUUCCAUCCACGCGAGCAGCAGGACGGGGAGGCAGUCGGACUGUCGCUGCCCGGGAUUUUACAUUUUAUCCAGUUUGAGUGGGGCCGUUUCCAGUCGGAAAAAUACCGAUGGGAAGCCGAGAGAGAUGAACUUAGGGCACAGGUGGCAUUUCUGCAAGGGAGGAAAGGGCAGGAGAGCAUGAAGCAAGAUCUGGUGAGGCGGAUCAAAAUGCUAGAAUAUGCCCUUAAACAAGAAAGGGUCAAAUAUCAGAAAUUGAAGACUGGCACUGAUCAGAGUCCAGAGAAGAAACCAGAGACUAAGAGUGACCCAAUUUCCAAUGGUCAAGAGGAAUUUGACAAUGAGACAACCAAUCAAAUGGCAUGGAAGGAGGGCCGUCAGUUGUUGCGCAAGUACCUGGAGGAGGUGGGUUAUUCUGACACAAUACUGAACAUGCGCUCUAAACGAGUCAAGUCUCUGUUGGGUCGCUGUAGCCCAGAGGUAAAUGGACCUCUGCAACAUGAUCUCCCAGAACCCAAGGCCCAUGAUGGAGGUGGUUCUCUACUUGUACGACAGAUAGAGGAGCAGAUCAAAAGAAAUGCUGGCAAGGAAGGUUCUUCCGAGCACAGUGGCAGGUCAGUACUGGAUAAAAUUCCUUUCCUGCGUAGCUGUGAGGAUGAAGAUGACAGUGAUGAAGAUGAUGAUUUCCAGGGAUUAACCACAGAUUGCAUUGAUGGACCACAUAAAAACAAGAAAUCCAGAGGCAAGAUGUUUGGAGAACCCAUGACCACAGGCCUAGACCCUGAGGAUGAAGAAGAUGAGGAUGAUUCAGAAGAUGCCCUUAGUGAAUUUGACUUUCUGGGUUCAGGAGAAGAGGGAGAGGGGGCUGGUGAGGCAUGCAUUUCAGGAGAUGGCCGUGAGUUAGCAGGAUGCACUCUGGGCUUCUCAUCUGAUGUCUUCAUACUGGAUACAGUUGGAGGAGGGGACAUAAAUCUUGGCGAGCUGGCUGACCUUACUGUCGCUAAUGACUUUACCAUUGAUCAUCAGGACAGUCAGGAGGACUUUAAGAAGACAUGGAAUCCACGCUUCACACUCCGGAGUCACUUUGAUGCUAUUCGAUCGCUGACAUUUCACCCUUCUCAGCCUGUGGUGUUGACAGCUUCAGAAGAUGGAACACUAAAGCUCUGGAACCUGAACAAGACAAUGCAUUCAAAAAAGGGUGCAGCACUGGACUUUGAACCUAUUUACACUUUCCGAGGACAUAGUGGAGCAGUCCUUUCUCUAGCCAUGGGUGAGGAGGGGAAGUACUGUUACAGUGGAGGUCUGGAUGGAAGCAUACGUUGUUGGAAAAGUCCAGACCUUAAUGUGGAUCCUUACGACAACUAUGACCAAGGUGUUGAGAGUGCUGUGUUAUUAGGACAUGAGGAUGCAGUGUGGGAUUUGGCAUAUUCAUCCACCUUAAAGCGCCUGGCCUCAUGCUCAGCAGAUGGCACUGUGAGGAUCUGGGAUCCUCAGAGCUCCACACCCUGCAUAACUAUUUUCAACAAAGAGCAAGAACGUGGAACUCCUACUUCCAUUGCAUUUGGAAAUGUAGACCUGUCCCAGGCUGUUGUGUCUUUUGAUACUGGUGAGACAGUCCUCUACGACCUCAACACAGAGCAAAGCAUUAUGGUCCUAGAGGCUCAGACAAAUGAAGGCAAUCCGCUGAUUAACUGUGUGGUCAGCCAUCCAUCCCAACCAAUCUCAAUCACUGCUCAUGAGAACCGCAAUAUCCGCUUUUUGGACAACAAGACAGGGAAAGUGAUUCACUCCAUGGUGGCUCAUCUAGAUGCAGUCACCUGCCUUACCACUGACCCUAAAGGCAGUUACCUCAUCUCUGGCAGUCAUGAUUGUUCAGUUCGCUUAUGGAUGCUGGAUAAUCGCACAUGUGUGCAGGAGAUCACAGCGCAUAGAAAGAAGCAUGAUGAGGCCAUCCAUGAUGUCGCUUUCCACCCUUCACAGCCCCUUAUUGCUAGUGCUGGAGCAGAUUCCUUGCCAAGAUCUUCAUUUGAUCAUGUCAUCACAGCUAAUUCUCAGUCAUAAUUGGUUAGUGUAAAUAAGGUUUUCCCAAAGCAAAACAUUCAAAAGUGAUGUAGGUAAACAGACCCAGCAAAUCCUGGAAAGCAGUACAUUAACCAUACUCUAUAAAUGUUCUUCCUGUAGAUAUAAUAACACUAAUGCACCAAUAUGCAGGCUGAUAUUGGUAGCGUGAAAGCUCAAAUUGAAUAAUUUCUGACUAGACUCUGGCUAGACACCAAAUGCUUAAUAUAAACACACAGAAAGGGUUAACCUGUUAUAUUGGAGACGGAUGAUCCGCUAUAGCGACCCCUAGCGGGAGCAGCCGAAUGAAGAAGAAGAACUUAAAUUGUUAAAUGUUAUUUAAAGGGUAUAUUUGACUAUUAAUUAGCUUAGUGUUUGAUGCUGCCACAAACAAUGUGUAUUGUUCCACAGUUUACUUCAUAUGAACCAUAAAAUAUGUGAAAAACACAUGAACACAUGAAAAACAGCCUUUUCAUAGCAGCCAAAAUACAGAAAACAUCAUCUCCCCUAUGUACUCUACUCUUUGGUUUGAUGCAUACUUUAUGACCUUCUAGGGUAUCGAUAUGUGCUUUGGUCACUUUUCACCUGAAUAUGAUGUAUGGAUAUUGAUACCACCCUAAUUUAUACACCAUGACUAACAUGUAUUAUAAUAUUAAAAUAGAUAAGAAUGGUCUAUUAAAUGAAACACUAUUAAUAUCAUAUGAUUUAAACAA